UAAUAAUGUCUUUUUACCAGUUUAUGGAAACAAUAUUUUCUUAUCAGCUCAUAGUAAUAAUAUCUCUCUACCGGUUCAUAACAAUGAUGAUACCUCUUUAUCAGUUCACGGAAAUGACAGAAAUGAUGAUUCUUUCAAAGAAAAAAAAUAUGAAGAAAUUGAAGAAGCUUCAGUAUUUGAAAUUGAAGAAACUUCAAUGUCUAAUAAAACUUCGGGAUAUAUGAAUGCCGAAAGAUUAGGUUUGCAUUUUAAAGAAAUUUUAAAUGAAGCUGAGAAUUUAUCGACCUCUGGUUAUACCUCAUCGAACGAAAUUAUUGAAGUUUUAGAUGGCUUUGAUAUAGAUACAAUGUAUGACAUCAUAGACUAUGAACAAUUACCUGACAUUAUAGAUGCCUCAGUGGAUAGUGAAGAAUCUGAUAUUAUAGAAGUUUCAUUAAAUGAAGCGCUAGAAAAUAGUGAUGAAUCUGACCUUACUGACGUUGAUAUGUUAGAAGAUAUGACUUCUAAUUUUAAAGAUUUUAGUAACAAAUCUGGGCUCUAUUUUCAAAAUUAUACAUCGGCAUUGAUCUUUAUCUGGGUUACUAAACAUAUGAUCUCAACCUCUGCAUAUAAAGAUCUCGUAAAAAUUCUUAAAUAUUCUAAGUAUAGAAAUGAAGAUAUCCCUACAAACAUCUGGCAGAUUAGGAAAUGGAAAAAUAGGCUGCUUUUAGCUAAAAUACUUCAACAUAAUGUACCUCUCUGUACGAAACGAACACCAUCUACUUGCAAAACUACAAAAUAUGCAUUUAUUAUUUCUUUAUUAACGUAUCUAAAACGUAUUUUAAACAAUCCAGUUCUGAUGCCAAAAAUGUAUUUUGGUUCAGGGGUUGUUACAAAUAAAAAACGAGAAUUUUGGUAUAGCGAAUUGUAA